GAAGCCAAAACAAUUAUAAAACUUUUAUUUAUUAAAUGUCUAUAUUUUCGGGAGUAAUCAAAAUUAGCUCCAUCCUUCACAUGCUCAUUCUCUCUCUCUCUCUCACACACACUGUUAGUGUUAAAUAUUCCUUUAUAUUAUUAUUACAUAUCUGUGCUUAAUAUUAUAAAUGUUUAUAGCGAGUUGUAUAAUUAACAAUUAAUUAAACGAAACCGCUCGAAAUAACUAUUGUUCGCAAAAAACUCUAGACCCCACCGAAUUUACAAUCAAAACAAAAAACAUAACCUAAAAAGACACGUCACUCUUACAAAGUUUAAGUAGUAGUUUCCCUUCAAAAGAGCCUUUAGGAAUCCUUGCUAAAGCCUCCAAACUGGCAUCGUCUUCCAAAAUGAGACGUGCCCACGGUUCCAGUUAUUAUCAGCCGUUGCCCCAGCAGGACAACAACGACUUGGAACACGAAAACGAGCGUAUGGCAGAGGAGCUCUCCGAGAAAAUCGGCGUCCUAAAGUCCCUCUCGAUCGAUAUCGGGAACGAGGUGAAGUACCAGCAUAAGCUGUUGAACGAUGUGGACGACGACAUGGACCGGACCGGUGGUUUUUUGGGGAAAACCAUGAGCCGAGUGGUGAAACUGUCGAGGGGCUCCCAUAACUACAUCGUCUUUUAUUUGUUCGUUUUUGCCGUCGUGGUGUUCUUUAUUUUGUAUUUGGUGUUGAAGUUUAGGUAAAAUAGUGGGGAAUGGUGUAAAUAACAGUGCAGUGGUGUAAUUUAUUUGGAUUUUUAGACGAGAAAUGUUAUUAGUGCGGUUAUGUUAUAAGGUAGAUUUCAACACUUUCCUUAAAUUUAAAGUAUAUAUAUAUUUUUUAAUUAUUUAUCAUUUCACUAGGGUAGUUUAUGAAAUAAAAACCUGUUAUAUGAAAUUCUUAUAUUAACAAUAAAAAUGCAAAUUACAAUAAUUA